UCAUUGCCUUGAUCAUUUGAGGUCUGUUUCAUGAUUUUUUAUUUGUAUGUUUGUUUAUCUGUCUUGUUAGACCAUGAGCUCAAGAACUUCUGUCACAGUCAUCCAUGUUUCCAAGAAAGCACAUGAGAGAGAACUUACAUCAAGGCAUGUGAGCUGAAAGAAGGAAGAAGGAAGGAAGGCUCCCUGUAGGUCCCGGUGGGAUGUGUGUGGUCAGUCGUGGGGCUUCCUGGUUCAACCUAGUAAGCUGGACAUUAUGCAAGGCCCAAGAAAAGGCUGGAAGUCCUCUUUCUGAGAGUGCUCCACUAUGGCACCUCCCCAGGUUGUAAAAGCACCAGCAUACCCUGGCUGGGGAUCACAAACCAGCACAGGAUAAAAGGGCUCCUGCCCUGGGCUCCUCAUCCACAGCCUCCUCAGGAACAGCUUCUCCUGCCUCCUCUGUGUCUAGUGAGUGUCCAGCAGGGGACAUGACUGCAGCUGAGAAUGUUCAAGUCAUAGCAGAGGGGAGGGAAACAGAGAGGUCUGGAGUGGAAACGGCAGAAACAGGGCCACGGAGGCCAGCAAUGGAGGAAGUGUGAGUGAGGAAGGGGUCCAUAGGGAAUGAGACAGGGACUCUGUACCUGCAAAAACCACAAGAGCUCAAAGCUCCCUCCCAUCCUCAUUAAUUCAUGUUCUCACAUGUGCACACAUGUCCUUUGACAGUCUCCAGAAAGCUUUUCUCAAGUAGGUGCAUUCCCUAAGAGUUUCCAAGGAGACACAAAAAGGUGGAUCCUGGGUUAGAUUGACAGCACCUUUCCUGGUGGACAGCAAAGUGGGAGGCAUCUUACAUGCUCAAACUCACUCCAAAUCAGCUUCCCUUCCCUCCUUCAGUUCUUGAUUACAGAAGCAGCUGUUCUUAGAAGAGAGGGGUCUUGGAAAUCAUGACAGACGGACAUGGGAAUGUAGAUUCUGAACUGACAAGUUGUUUUUGUUUUGUCCAGCGUGAUUCAACUCCAGCCAAGAUGUCCUGCCAGCAGAACCAGCAGCAGUGCCAGGCCCCUCCCAAGUGCCCCUUACCCAAGUGCCCCCCGAAAAGCCCUGCACAGUGCACACCCAAAGUCUCCUCUGGCUGUGCCCUCAGCUCUGGGGGCUGCCAUGGCCCCAGCUCCGAGGCUGGCUGCUGCCUGAGCCACCACAGGUGCUGCAGGUCCCACCGGUGCCAGCACCAGAACUCCGACUGCAGUGACGAUGGCAGUGGUCAGCAGUCCGGGGGCUCCCGCUGUGGCCACAGCUCUAGGGGCUGCUGCUGA